AAACACUCAGCCGUCCAGCAGCUGGAGCUCUCAUUCCUCAACCACCACACGCCCAGGCAGACAAUAUCCAACUCCUGCCUGUCAUGGGAGACUCCUCCUCCUCUCCAGAUCAGUCACAAACCCCCCACUAUUCUCAAUAUCGCUUGCGCGUGACCGCCGGACCCUCCUACGAUGCCGCCACCCACAAAACCGUCCCCGUCAACAGCUCCGAGACGCUCACCUUCGAAACCUCGUCCAUAAUCCUCUCUGUGUGUGUGCGCAUCCGGCAUUUUACAGGCUUCCCGCCCUCCUCCCCCGUCACCGCCGAGAAGUACUUCACCUCGGAUCUCCACAAAUAUGAUCAAUACAGCAUAUCCUUCAGCUUCGUCCCCAAGCAGGACAUUCCUGGUGAAGAGCUGGUGUUUGGGAAUGACUUUGACAGACCUAUACGGGAUAGAUUGCCGCCGGGAUUCAACCAGGCGUUUAGAAUUGUCAAAUGGUGGAUUGACCCCGGGUUGGACGGGGAUGUGUACGCGGACAGGCCAUAUUUGUACGGUCCGGCCUUGAGUAGCUGGAACAUCUUGAGGAUAUGUGACGAAGUCAUCCCGAAGGAGCAGCUGCCAUUCUCGGCCUCUUCGUCAGAUGCCGAGGACGGGGACGACGAGAAGAAGGUCGACGACGAUGAAACCCACGCGUGGAAGAUCCCCGAGGAGCACACCCAGAACUUCCACGACGCCGUCGUCGAAGAAGGCGGCGAGGGCACAGGCCUCGCUCUCCGCUCCGAGGCAAACAUCCCCGCGGACCCGCCUGGCCGCCAGAAGCACUUCCUCAACCGCACCAACCUCGCCGCCUUCACCUUCGAGCGCGGCCGCCUCUACCAGUCCGACUUUGGCAACCCGUACCUGGACUUCAACGACUUCUCCCUCAAGCUCCCCGGCUUCACGCUGAACGUGAUCCAGUACGUCGACUCCAAGACGCACGAGCUGCGAUACACGCUGAAGAACAAGCGGAGCGGGGAGGUCUACGGCGUCGUGGUGUUUACAUUGUUGUUUGGCCCGGAGUUGCGGGACGCCGCUCGAGAGUAUGGGUCGGACAAUCAGGACGGCGCGGAAGGGGAGGAAGACCGUGAUAGAGAGCGUGAAGACAUACCUUCGGAUGAGGAUGACAUUGAUUGAAAAUACAAGGUCGAUAGAAAGCGUCCUGGUGCACCUGGAUAUAGGACAGAUAAUGAUACCCGACGAUAGAGAGCGCGUCGUCUAGCUUCGGCUAGCCUCGUCUCGUCUCACUUCGUCUUCUCUACUCACCCUGUUUUGUUCGUCGCAUUGGGGCUCUUCACGAUGGCACAUUGGGAAGGACGUCAGCAAUACACGAUGAUGGCCCGCUCUACGAGAUGCUC